AUGAAUUUUAUUAUUUUUUCUAGUUCUAUAAAAUAAUUUUUUUUGGUAGUCCCAUCUGAUUUCUUUAGAAAGCUUCUGGGGAAGGCAAGAUUUUUAAAAUAACAGGGAAAAGAUAGGUCUUUAUGGAGCACAGUCAGGGCAUGAGUGAAUAGGUUGAAAGUAGGGCUACAUCUGAAAAGAGGAAAGCAAUUCCUAGGGGGACUAUUCAUGAGACCAAGAGUUUCCCCAGCAACCAGUGGUUGCCUUCCGAUCCCAUCUCCUGCCCUAUUGACAUAAGGCUGCUUCAUGGCUAAUUGACUGGGUGGUGUGGCUGUAGACAAGAGCCACUGAGGCAUGAGGAGAAGCCAGAAUGACUCAUGUUGAGAGAGGCCAGGGGGUUUGGCAAAUAUGGACAGCCCCCCGCUCAGCUCCUAACCGAGCUCCCUCUGCCUUCCGGCUUUGACCCCCUCCCAAGGUCUCCUUUCCACCUAGAUGAGAGUUCAACUGUCGUUCUUCCUAGUCCCCUGCUUUCCCCACAAACACUCUGUGGCCCACCUAGAAGCCAGGAGUCGGGCCAUAGUCCACUCUCCUGCUAGGCUCGAGGCACUGGGCCCUCAGGUUCCAAGCCCUCUCCCUUGGCUGCUUCUCCCCUCCCCCCAGCUGAUGCCCCAUUAGCUGCUCACUCAGGCUGCAGGGUCGCCUUUAGUUUAUGGCCCUGACCACCCCUCCCUCUGCUCUUGCCUCUUGGCUCUCUGACCAACUUCAGCCCCUGAGGGUUGAUCCUCAAGGCUCAGAGACAUCUAGCAGCUUCGAGAAGAGUCGCUCUCCUCCACUUUCCCACUGUCCUCUGGGCAACACAAUUGCCUCCCAGUACCUGCUCUCCCAAUGGCCCAGGUGAGUAUCAGCACCCACCUCCUCUCUGUUUACGGCUCAGCCAGCUGCCAAGAGAUUGAGUCGGUUGGGGGUUGGGGCUCCACUCAGGGGAAGCUGCUGGCUAUGUGUCUACGCCUCUGACUGUGAGCCAUCCUUAGCUUCUGCCUGCAUUACCUGAGAUCAUUAAGAAAUAACUGCACUUUGUACUUCUACAAGUACUUUGACUUGGAAUUCUGGGGGCCCGUUUGAUCCUGACACAUGGAUCGUUCUCUUCAUUUUAAAGACCACACGCUAAGGCCCAGAGAGUGUGAGUGGUUCCCCAGGUCACACAAGAAGGGCUGGUGGAGGAGAGGCCCCCAGGACCCCAUGCUCCCGCUUCUCAGCCUCAUGGACAUCCCGCUGGAACUGUCCUUUGCCCUCUAUGUUGCUGCCUUUACACUGGGCCUUCCUCUCAAUGUCAUCCUCCUCAUUGAGGCUGUGUCCCAUGCACGGCUCCGCCUUACCCUGAGCCUCAUCUACACCCUCCAUCUGGCCUGUUCUGACCUGCUGCUGACUGCCUCCCUACCCCUGAAGGCAGCCGAAGCCCUGGCAGGGGGAGCCUGGCCUCUCCCAGCCUCACUCUGCCCAGCAUUUGCCUUGAUACAUUUUGUCCCACUUUAUGCUGGGGGUAUUCUUCUGGCCGCCCUCAGUGUUGGCCGUUACCUCGGAGCGGCCUUCCCAUUGGGAUACCAAGCCACGCGGAGGCCCUGUUAUUCCUGGGGUGUUUGUGUGGGGAUCUGGGGACUGGUCUUUUUCCACUUGGGGCUGGUGUUUGUACUGGAAAGUCAGGAAGGCCAGGAGAACAUAACCACAUCCCUGGGAAUGACUGUUCCAGUCAAUGGCUCCCUCAUCUGUUUGGAAGCCUGGGAGCCAACAUGGGCUGGCCCUGCUCAUCUCAGUAUUUCGCUUCUGCUCUUUUUCCUUCCUUUGUCCAUCGCUACCUUUUGCUACGUGGGCUGCCUGCGGGCCUUGGCCUGCUCAGGCCUGAGCCGGAGCCGGAAGCGACAUGCUGCCCGUGUGGCCGGAGGCACGCUGCUCACUCUGCUGCUCUGCCUGGGGCCUUACAAUACUUCCCACAUGGCCUGCUUUGUGAGACCAGAGGCUGGCAACCACUGGAGGAAGCUCGGGUUGAUCAUGGGGUCCUGGAGCUCUGUGCUCAACCCACUGGUGUCCGGGUACUUAGGGAACAAGGCCGGCCGGAGGCGUGGUACCGUAGGGACUCAAGGUGGGACAUCCCAGAAAUAACAGCCUCUGGGCAG